CUUCCCCACCCCACGGCUGCACGCACACACGCGCCGCCUUUGAGCCGCUUGCAUUACUGGCAAGGGAGACUCGGGGAUCAGCCGCGCAUUUUGAACGGCCUCACCGGCCCUCAACGUUGACCCAAGAAACAAAACUAAAACAAAUAUUCAAAAAGGAGAUCAUGGCACAGCAAGACGACGCGGACGGAUUUGCCAAACCAUAUUAUGGAUCCAUCAUGGACGAUGAACGGAUGACGGCGGAGCAGAUGGAUGCGCGACGGCGCCAGAACGUGGCCUACGAGUACCUGUGCCACCUGGAGGAGGCGAAACGCUGGCUGGAGGCCUGCAUUGUGGAGGAGCUGCCCCCCACCACAGAGUUGGAGGAGAGCCUGAGGAAUGGGGUCAUCCUCGCCAAGCUGGGACACUUCUUCAUGCCGGGGAAAGUGUCCCUGAAGAAGAUCUACGACAGGGAGCAGACACGAUACAAGGCGAUGGGUCUGCACUUUCGGCACACCGACAACAUCAACCACUGGCUAAGUGCCAUGGUUGCCAUUGGGCUACCCAAGAUAUUCUACCCUGAAACGACGGACAUCUACGACCGCAAGAACAUGCCGAAGACAAUCUACUGCAUCCAUGCUCUUAGUUUGUAUCUCUUCAAGCUGGGGCUGGCUCCGCAGAUUCAGGACCUCUUUGGAAAAGUCAAUUUCACAGAGGAGGAGAUUGACAACAUGCGCAAGGAGCUGGAGAAGUACGGGAUUCAGAUGCCGGCGUUCAGCAAGAUCGGCGGGAUCCUGGCCAGUGAGCUCUCCGUGGAUGAAGCUGCACUGCACGCGGCGGUGAUAGCCAUCAACGAUGCCGUGGAGAAGGGGGAUCCGACGGAGACGGUGUCCGCCCUGAGGAACCCCAGCGCCAUGCUGCUGGGCCUGGAAGGGGAGCUGGCCGAGGCCUACCAGAGCAUGCUGCGACGAGCCAAGCUUGACAAGGCCAACAGUGCCCGCAACAGGGGGAUGGUGGACGAUGGUUCCAUUGAGGAGAAGGACGUGUAUGAGGAGCUGCUCACUCAGGCCGAGAUCCAGGGCAACAUUAACACAGUCAACACCCAAGCUGCCCUGGAGCGUGUGGAUGCCGCGCUGCGUGGGGAGAGCCCCGAGGAGCUGAUGGAGGCCCUGAGGGCCCGGGCGCUGGCGCUGCACGGAGUGGAGUUCGGGAACGCGCGCUGGUACCUGGAGCGGCUCUCGUCGGAGCGAGAUGCCAGGGGACAGGACACAGGGAGGGAAUGCCAACUGGGCAAAGAGGAUCUGCAAGCCGGCGUGGAAAGGGCCAACUCGGAGGCGUUACGUCAUCACCUGAUGUUGAAGGCGGUGGAGAAGAUCAAUGCGGCGAUCGGCGCCGGGGAGGCGCAGGACACGGUGCUCGCUCUGCAACAGUCCGACGCUCGGCUCCCGCCCGUACAUCCCUUUGCCGCCUCCCUCUACCAGCUUGAGCUGGGGGCCUUGCAGAGUGAGAUGGGCGAGCUGUCCCACGGGGCCCUGUGUGAGUCCUUGCAGGCCCUCUCCGCCCUGGCCCUCGUCAACCAGGCCCUGGACGCGCGUGACACGGUCGCUGUGGCGACGCUGCUAGCCAAUCAGUCGGCUGUGCUGGCGAGCCUCGACAAGGCCAACCUGCAGCGCUAUGUGGAGGCGCUCAUGGAGCUGAAGGCCCAGGCACUGUCCGAGGGACGUGAGCACGUCCUGUGGAGCGACAUCCGCGCCUGCGUCGACGACAUCAACGUCACCGUGCAGGAGGAGCACGACCGCGUGCUCGCCAUCGGGCAGAUCAACGAGGCGCUGGAGGAGGAGGAGCCCGUGAGAACUCUGGAGGCCCUGCAGCUCCCGGCCGUGAAGCUGUCGGGUGUGGAGCCGGCGCUCGCGUUCCGCUACCGCGACGUGCUGCGCGCCAGCAAGCGGCGCAAGGCCAAGGAGAUGGCAGACGAGUCGGCGGUGCUGUGGCUUGACGAGAUCCAGGAGGGCGUCCACGCGGCCAACAAGGACAACGAGGCCGCCAACAGCAUGGCGGCAGCGGUGGCGGCGGUGAACUCCGCGCUGGGGGACGCCGGUGACGGCGUGGCCGAGACGCUGCUGGGCCUGCUGCGUACGCCGGGACUGGCGCUGCGCGGAGUGACGCCCGAGUGCACCGCCUCCUACCACCUCGAGCUCUCCGACGCCAAGCGCGAGAAGGCUGCUGGAGCCAAGGGGGAAAGCAGCGACAGCCCAUGGAGCCGGCACCGACUCAGGGACGGCUCCGACUUCUUCUUCAACUGGGAGAGCGGCGAGGGCAGAUGGGAGGCGCCGCAGGGCGUGAUGCCCAGCACGGGGCAGCUGAGCCGCGACGAGAUACAGGCAGUGGUUGGCCGCGUGACGUCCGUGUACAACCGUGAGCGGCUGUGGCUCACGCACGAAGCUCUGGUGGCGCGGUUGCAGGCGCGCGGACGCGGGUACCUGGUGCGCCGCGCUCUCCUCGCCCGCCGGGAAUUCCUCACCAAUCAGCAACCGGCCAUCACCACUGUGCAGGCCUACUGGCGAGGAUGCAAACAGCGGAAGGUCUUCCGCGCACGGCUGCAGCUGCUCCGUGACAACACGCCAGCAGUCAUAAAGAUGCAGGCGUGGGUGCGGAUGUGGCUUGCUGCCAAGCGCUACCGCGCGCGCCUCCAGUUCUUCCGAGACCACAUACCAGAAAUAGUGAAGAUUCAAGCCUUCCUGCGUGCCAACAAGGCGAGGGAAGACUACAGGAUACUGAUUGGCGCCAGCAACCCUCCGCUGCCUGUGCUGCGCAAGUUCGUGCAUCUGCUGGAGCAGAGUGACCUGGACAUCCAGGAGGAGCUGGAGAUCAUGCGGCUGCGCGAGGAGGUCGUCACCACGAUUCGCUCCAACCAGCAGCUCGAGCAGGACCUCAACACCAUGGACAUCAAGAUCGGGCUGCUUGUCAAGAACCGCAUCACCCUGCAGGAUGUGGUGAUGCACAGCAAGAAGCUGAACAAGAAGAACCGAGAGGAGCUGCAGGGCAUGAUGGUGGCCGACCAGCAGAAGGGCCUCAAGUCUCUCAGCCUGGAGAAACGCAAGAGACUGGAGGCCUACCAGCAUCUCUUCUACCUUCUCCAGACGAAUCCGUCCUACCUGGCCAAGCUCAUCUUCCUGAUGCCGCAGAACAGGUCGACCAAGUUCGUCGACUCGGUGGUCUUUACGCUGUACAACUACGCAUCGAACCAGCGCGAGGAGUACCUACUGCUCAAGCUCUUCAAGUCGGCGCUCGAGGAGGAAAUCAAGUCCAAAGUCGACCACCUGCAGGAGAUCGUGACGGGAAACCCCACCGUCAUCAAGAUGGUGGUGACGUUCCACCGAGGCGUGCGCGGCCAGAACGCCAUGCAGACGCUCCUGGGGCCCCUAGUCAAGGAGAUCAUCGAGGACAAGUCCUUCAACGUCAACACCAACCCGGUGGAGAUCUACAAGGCCUGGGUCAACCAGAUGGAGAGCCAGACGGGAGAGAUGAGCAAUCUGCCAUAUGACGUGACCUCGGAGCAGGCGUUGGCGCACGAGGAGGUGCGCAAGAGGCUCGAGGCCUCACUGCAGAGCCUGCGUACGGCCACCGACAAAGUUCUCUCCUCCAUCAUCGCCGCCCUCGACAAAAUCCCGUAUGGCAUGCGAUUUAUUGCCAAGGUGCUCAAGAACUCUCUGCAAGAGAAGUUCCCUGAUGCAACGGAGGAUGACCUCCUCAAGAUCGUGGGGAACCUGCUGUACUACCGCUAUAUGAACCCGGCCAUCGUGGCGCCGGAUGCCUUCGACGUGUUGGAGCUCGGCGCCGGGGAGACUCUGCGGCCGGAGCAACGCCGCAGCCUGGCCUUCGUGGCGCGCAUGCUCCAGUCGGCCGCGGCCAACCAGCGCUUCGAGGAGGGCGACGCGUCGCACAUGGGCACGCUCAGCGAGUACACCACGCAGGCUUUCGCCAAGUUCAAGAAGUUUUUCCAGUCGGCGUGCGACGUCCCUGGCCUGGAGGAGAAGUUCAACGUUGACGAGUACUCGGACCUCGUGACGCUGAGCAAACCCGUCAUCUACAUCUCCAUCGGCGAGAUCAUCGACACGCACACUCUCUUGCUGGAGCACCAAGAGGCCAUCGCUCCAGACCACAACGAUCCGCUCAUCGCCCUCCUCGAGGACUUGGGUGACGUCCCCGACAUCUGCUCGCUCGGCGGCGAGACCGAGGGAGAAAACAGCGACCCCAACAAAGAAGCACAGCUGUUGAAGACGGAGGUGUCCCUCACCCUUACCAACAAGUUCGAUGUCAUGGGUGACGACGACCUGGACACCAAGGGCCUGCUACUCAGGACAAAGAAGCUGGUGGUGGAUGUGAUCCGAGCACAGCCCGGGGAGAGCCUCACCGAGAUCCUCUCCACAGCAGCGAGCAGCGAGCAGGAGGCAGAUCACGACCGCGUGGUGCGGCGCCGCGCUGUGCAGGAUGCGCGCGCCCCUGAGAAGGUACGCCGUGACGCCCAGGGCCCACAGGAGUGCGAGCUGUCCCUCGCCGGCAAGAAGGAGCGCAUCCUGUGCAGCCUCGAGGCGCUCGAGAAGGCUGAGCACGUGUGCGCAGCCGACAAGUACCAGGCCUUCAUCAACGACAUCGCCAAGGACAUCCGGAACCAGCGGCGGUACCGGCAGAGGCGCAAGGCGGAGCUGGUGAAGCUGCAGCAGACGCUCGUCGCCCUCAAUUCCAAGACGACGUUCUACCAGGAGCAGACCAACUACUACAACCAGUACAUCCAGACCUGCCUCGACAACCUGGCCCACAAGGGAAAGAGCGGACGGAAAGGGAAAGCCGAGGAAAAAUCAGGACGGAAAGGAAAGCCUCAGGUUCUGCACUACACAGCUGCCCGCCUCUACGAGAAGGGAGUGCUGCUGGAGAUAGAAGACGUCACCUUAAACCAGUUCAAGAAUGUUUUGUUUGACAUCACGAAAGGAGAGAAAAUUGGAAUCUUCGAGGUGAAAGCCAAGUUCAUGGGAGUUGAAAUGGAAAAAGUGGAGCUUAACUUUCAGGACCUUUUGCAGCUGCAGUACGAGGGAGUGGCUGUAAUGAAGAUGUUCGAACGGGCAAGAGUAAAUGUCAACCUCCUUAUCUUCCUCCUGAACAAGAAGUUAUAUGGGAAAUGAGUUCUGCAUUGGCAUGUUUCCUAUCUACUAACACUUUUGGUUAUACUUUUUUUUUUAAUACCCAGUUUGUUUGUUGCAAGGUAGAAAAAUAAUGAUGAUUGUACGAGGAAAGAGUUUAAUUUGUUUAACAGGAUAAUCACUUCCAUUUGAAGCUUUCGUGACUGCAGGGAUUCAUCUUCUUGGUUCUUUAGGUAAAGUCACGUAGAAGAGAAAUGAUAAAAUAAUAAAAAUAAAACAUAAUAUAUUAUUUUUGGUUCUUUCAGUAAAGUCACGUAGAAGGGAAGUAAUAAAAUAAUAAAAAUAAAACAGAAUAUAUUAUUUUAUUAUGUUUAAUUUGUAUUAUUUUAUUAUUUCCCUUCUACGUGACUUUACCAAAAGAACCAAGAAGAGGAUAAUCACUAUUAUAAUGUUCAAGUUAAAACAAAUGGUAAGCAGAAUUCAACUACAUUAUUAAAAAAAUGUGUUAUUAUAAAGACGAAUAAUUGUCGAAUGGUUGAUACUUGUGUUGUGAAAUCGCACUUGAUUUGAUGAUGCUCAUUGGAAAAAAAAAGGAUAUAGUUGAAUUGGAUAUUUUUCAUUAAUUUGAUUAAAAAAUUAUUAUUAUCAAAGUCCCAGUUUAUUUAGAGGUUGCGGAAGUACUCUAUAUCUGCCACUAUUUGUUUUACAUAAUGGAAAUUUAUAUAUUUUUUAAAUAUUUAUGCGCAUUGAUGCAUUUUUCCACGUGUUUAUGCAUUCGUUUUAAACACGUUAUCAAAUGUGACAUUACGGUGUCUCUGGGCUUCAAUCAAUUUUAUUGAACCAAAGCCCUAAUCCCCUGACAUUUACUUCGUUAAUUCACCACCUAACGGACGACUGAACUUUGCAGACAGACACGGUAUAGCUGGAGUCGAAGGAAAUCUCAUCGUUGCUCAAUUAGAAAACAAAUAUAUCAUCCUCUUUAUGAACGAUGCAAAGAUAUACAGUAUUGUAGUAAGCGUAAAUUAAGAGAAAAAAAAUAAGAAUCCAAAUUUCGUUAGUAAUACACUGCCAAAUAAUACGUGUAUGAAUCAAUCUAUUACAAGCUAAGAUUGAUGUGUUGCAUGUCAGCACCUGUUUUAAAUAAAUGCACAAGUGCAUACUGUAUAUAAGUCUUAGGAAGAAAAAUAGCCUCAUUGAUAUGUUUUUGCAAUCACGUUUUUUGCUUGUAUCACUUGAAAAGUUAAAAUUGUUGGCAGUUUCUAUUUUUUGUUCAAUCAAAUUAAAGGUUAAAGAAAACGUUAGCUUAAAUGUGUAUUUAUAUGAUGAUGUUUGCGUAAAAAAAAUAUUUUUGAUUCAAAUAAUAAAGUUUUUACAAUUGCUAAUAAUUGGUACAUCACCUACAACUACUGGUGAAAAUGCAGCAUUACAUUACUGUACUUAAGAGUAAAUAUUUAUCGUAUUUACUGCUUCUAAGGUAUUAUCAUGCAACAAUCAUGAAGGUAUCAUCGUGUUUUAUUAUACAUUUUUUAAUGGAUAGCUUAAUAAGGAGUCAUGCACAACAAUUGCUGGGCUUUCAUUAAGGAUAAACAUUAGCUUGUGCAAGUUGAGAAGCUUUCGGUUUUAUAAAAUCGAAUUUCGUCUACUACUGGUGGCAUGUGCUGUGAAUUACUCAUUGUUUUUACAGGAGCAUCCUGCUUAUAUAUGAUUGGGUGGAAUCAGUCAUGUGUAGAUUAUUACCACUUAAAAUAUAUUCCCUGCAUCGUAAAUUCACGUAUUUGUUGGAGUAUAGAGGUGUUAUUUUUUAAAUAAAUUUUUGUUUAAUCCA